AUGCCCGCCGCCCGCCACUUCCUCUCCCUGCUGCUCCUGCCCACCUGCGUGGCUCUGUGGCUGCCGCCGCCGCGGGGGGCCCGGGGGGCCCCCCUGGAGCCAGUGUACCCGGGGGACAAUGCCACGCCAGAGCAGCUGGCCCAGUACGCGGCUGAGCUCCGCAGAUACAUCAACAUGCUGACCAGGCCCAGGUACGGGAAGAGAGACAGAGAAGAAACGCGGGACAUCCUGGAGUGGGGCUCCCCCCGCGCUGCUGCCCCCAGGGAGCUCAGCCCGAUGGACUUGUAA